UCAAAGGCUACGUUGCCACUGACCAAAGAGAUAUGAAGCUGAAACUAUUUGUAGAUCGUCUGUCUCAGCCAUGUCGUGCAAUUCUCAUCUUCUGCAAGUUAAACGGGAUAGAGUUCGAGGAAGUCACGAUUGAUUUUUGCAAACGCGAAAACUUAUCUCCUGAAUAUCAGAAAAUCAAUCCUAUGCAGCUAGUGCCAGCAAUAGAAGUGGAUGGAGAAUUUAAGCUCUUUGAAAGUCAUGCAAUUCUGCGAUUUCUGGCUUGUGCUUUCCCUGGAGUUGCUGAUCAUUGGUAUCCUGCAGACCUGUUCGAAAGAGCACAGAUCGACUCAGUUUUAGAUUGGCAUCAUUCCAAUCUGCGACAUGGUACAACUGGAUUCGUCUUCAACAGUACAGUUGGACCUUUACUCGCUGGCCUGCCUCCGAAUUUAGAAGCAGCAGCUGAAGCUAGAAAAGUCCUCCUAGCUUCUCUUCCAAAGGUCGAAUCCUUCUGGCUCAAGAGUGAUGGACACUUUCUGCUGGGAAGAUCUCAACCAUCCAUAGCAGACCUGAUUUUAGUCUGUGAAAUUAUGCAACUUGAGGUCUUAGAUGAGAAGGUUCGCAAACAAAUAUUAGACCCAUAUAAAAAGAUUGGGAAGUGGAUUGACGAUACAAGAAAUGCAACUCAACCUUAUUUUGAUGAAUUUCAUGCCGUCCUCUUCCGAGCCAAAGAGAAGCUAAUCAAGAUACGGUCUACUGGAAGCAGUGAUGAGACAAAAAUCAAGUGAAAUUCUGCUUGAUACUCAGAGAUGGAGGAAUGCUGCUGCUGCUUGUUGAAAUCCCACAUGAUUUUCAAGCUCCUCUCCAAACAGGAUAUGGGAUCUUGGCGUAUUAAUAGUUAGUGAGAAUCCAAAAUAAAGACGAUUCGUCUUGGUUGUGUUGUGAAAGUAGUAGUAAUUUGUAUUUUCUGGUUUGGUUGCUGGCCAGGCGAUGUGAUACAAAACAGCAUAUGAAACGAAUUUGACACUGCUGUAUUAAGCCAAGGCCAAAUAAAUCAAUGUGAAAAAUCUUUUGUGUAUUA